AUGACCCGAAUCACUGCUGCAACAGCCCAGAACUACGGCUCACAAGCGGCCAAAAGGAAGGAAGCCAGUGAACUGAGAAAGACUUUGAAGCCGUUAAUGGAAAAAAGACGGCGCGCUCGUAUCAACGAAAGCCUCGAGCAACUGAAGACGCUUAUUCUGCCUUUGUUUGGCAAAGAUAAAUCUCGCUACUCGAAAUUUGAGAAAGCGGAUAUUCUGGAGAUGACCGUACGAUUUCUCAGACGCCUUCCGUCUACAUCAGCUAAAAGUCCAUCUGAAAGUUACAAAGACGGCUACAAAGCAUGCCGUCAACGCAUCUCAACCUUACUCUACACAACCAAUCUCCUUGAUCAAGACACCAGCCAGCGGGUAAAUGAGUACCUCAGGCACUCCAUGUCGACGUGGGACGCUCCUUCUUGCCAGAACUGCAAGCGUAGGGGGCAGAACUGUCAAGGGGUGGUCCAAAUGAGCACUGGAUCUCUGAGAGCAGCGUCUACAGGCGCUGGAGGCUCCCGUCCUGAUUCCAGCGGGAAUUCAAACAGCAGCAUUCCGUAUGUGAAUCAGCACCAGGCGAUGCCACAAGCUAUAAGUACUAACAUGUGGAGACCUUGGUAG